AUGUUCGACGGCUCGGUUAGUGUGGCUGGACCCAUUACGGAGUUUGUCGAAGUGAGUCUGGGUUUCGAGAAGUUAGGCGAGGUUCGCCCAAUUAAGCUGGAUGUUACCACCCUUUGCGACGCGGAUGUCGUGAUAGGAUGGUGUCACGAAGUGACAAGACAGUUUGAUAGUGAUAGUGAUAGGAUGGGUUGGGUAUUUAACCAGCGACCGGCGGUAUGCAGUAACCGCUGGUUAAUAGGCCUUUUAGCACAGUGGUUUAGACCGCUGCCUCUGAAGGGCACCGUUAUAUCGUCCCAAUGCUGUUUGAUAGUGAUAGUGAUAGGAUGGGUUGGGUAUUUAACCAGCGACCGGCGGUAUGCAGUAACCGCCGGUUAA